GCGGUUCUCUUGAGUCUGCAGGCAGAACGCCCAAGCCGAGCCGCGAUGCCCAACCAGCGCUCGGGGCGGGGCCUCGGCCCAGGUGCGCGGCGGCGGCGGCGGUGCUUCGCGGAGGCAGGAAGUGUGUCCCCAGCGGCGGCCCGUGCAGCGCUCCCGCGAGACGCUCACCUGCGCCCCAGGUGAGCGGCGAGGGGGGCGGGGGGAGGGGCCGAGCCGGAGGCCGCUCACCUGGUGGGACAGGUGCCUGGCAGCAGCAGACCAUGCAAUGAGCCAUGCCCCGCCCUGGACACCCCCGCCCAUCAUCUGGGCCCCCACGCUUGGGACCCUGGGAGCGGCCAACAGAGCUGUGCCUGGAAACAUAUGAUGAGCCAUCCCAGCCCCCACCAAGCCGCCGCACCCGCAGGCCAGACCCUAAGGACCCUGGCCGCCAUGGGCCUGAGAGCCUUAACUUCAUCUCUGGCUCUGCCGAGCCUGCUACUGAGCCUCCAGCCUGCUGCCUGCUCUGGCAACCCUGGGUAUGGGACUGGUGUCGAGCUGCCUUCUGCUUCCGCCGCUGCCGAGAUUGCCUCCAGCGCUGUGGAGCCUGUGUUCAGGGCUGUAGUCCCUGCUUGUCCACUGGGGACCCCCCUGAAGGGGCUGCUGAAGGCAACUGGGCCAAGGAGCACAACGGAGUACCCCCAAGCCCCGACCGUGCCCCUCCCAGCCGGCGAGAUGGCCAGCGGCUCAAGUCAACCAUGGGUAGCAGCUUCAGCUACCCUGACGUCAAGCUCAAAGGCAUCCCUGUCUAUCCCUACCGCAGCACCACCUCCCCAGCCCCUGACGCGGACUCCUGCUGCAAGGAGCCACUGGCUGAGCCCCAACCUACACGGCAUAGUCUUCCGAGCACCCUUGCCAGCAGCCCCCGUGGCUCCGAGGAAUACUACUCCUUCCAUGAGUCGGACCUGGACCUUCCUGAGAUAGGCAGUGGCUCCAUGUCAAGCCGAGAGAUCGAUGUGCUCAUCUUCAAGAAGCUAACAGAGCUGUUCAGUGUACACCAGAUCGACGAGCUGGCCAAGUGCACAUCAGACACUGUGUUCCUGGAGAAGACCAGUAAGAUAUCGGACCUUAUCAGCAGCAUCACCCAGGACUACCACCUGGAUGAGCAGGAUGCUGAGGGCCGCCUGGUACGCGGAAUAAUUCGCAUCAGUACCCGAAAGAGCCGCGCUCGCCCGCAGACUGCAGAGGGGCGCUCACACCGGGCUGCUGUGACUGCUGCUGCCCCUGACAGUGGCCAUGAGACCAUGGUGGGCUCAGGGCUCAGCCAGGAUGACCUCACAGUGCAGAUCUCCCAGGAGACGACUGCAGAUGCCAUCGCCAGGAAGCUGAGGCCUUAUGGAGCCCCAGGUUACCCAGCCAGCCACAGCUCAUCCUUCCAGGCCACCGACACAGACUCAUCAGGGGCACCCCUGCUCCAGGUGCACUGCUAACCCCCACCAGGCCCAGGGGCUGCAACCCCUUCUGAGAGCAGCACAGCCUACAGCAUGAAGAGGGGACCAGGACCCCCUCUGGGGGAGGCUGGGCCAUGAGACCAGACACAGCGCCCGCUCUGACUCCUGCCUUGCUGACUGGUUCCUGGACCAUGUGCAUUUCACUGGGCUUUGGUGCCCACAUCCACCCGGAUCCCUAACCGGGCUGACUUCUGCGGGGUCUGUUCCUUCCUGCCUGACCUUUAGGUGGCCUAGGUCAUGGAAAGCAAAGACAGGCAUUACCUUCUGAGGUCUAUCCCAUAACAUAAGCCCCAUAAUGAAUAACGCGAACAUCCCCCUCCCAGGACAGGGAAUGGGGAAUGACAGCUAAAAGCAGUUUGUCUUAAAUGGACUGGAUUGGGGCCAGGCAGGGCCUCUGUGUGGAAUUCUGUGGGCAGUGUCCACUCCACGUUAUGUCCUGUUGAGCAGUUUGGCUCUUGGCUGACGUUGAUAUGCUAUCAUGACCUUAAUUGCAAGUACAAAGGUAAUAGACAUCUACCUGCCAUCGCA